GCUCGAGGAGCUAGAACUUUGAAUUAUACUGAAAAACACGAAACACUGUUCCAGUCAACUAGUCCCGCUAUGAGAGCCUCUUUUCUGAUCAGUCGCAAGCAGCCAUGGAUGGGGCAGCUGCUGCUCAUGGCCAGGAACAAGGCGCUCACGCUCCUGCUAAAGCUGUAUAGGCGGACUCCCAUCUUCAGACCGCGACACCUGCCAGGAAGGAAUCGGACCCAGAGCGGUGGACCUGCCCGCGAUAGUACGAUCAGGCCCUCUGCCAAAAACACGAAUCUUUCCUGUCGUCUUUCCCAACUCACCAUGCUUGGCAGCCUCGAGCGCCUGGAUGAGCUAAGAGAGGACGACUACCUCAAUGAGGACAGCGACGUGGAAUUCGGAGCGGACGGAGAAAUUCUUCUGGACAUGCACAGUCGGCGGGGACAGGGUAACUUUGAGCUGGCUCUAAUGGCGGGCGGGCAACUGGACGUGGACUCCGAGGAGGACGGGGAAUACGACGAGUGGGACUGCGAAGGAUAUGUGCGGUACGUGGAGUACGGGCAGUGCGAGGGGGGGAGUGAUCUGAUCUAGUGCUUGGACGGAUCGGGCAGGAUCUGGAACACGUUGCAGAUGCCCACGAGCCUUCCCACAAAGUUCUUCCACAAAGCGAGGCGGCUACCUCCCCAUCUAAGCCAUGAAGCGUGGCAACGCCGCAAUGCCAACAAUAGGUGCUCUCGUUUGGCGCCAAUACUAACGACAGCAAUGUAAAACACUAGAGCACUCUGGCGAGAGGGCACGUCAAGUGCAGAGAGAGAGCCCGCACCCGUGGCGAGGAGGGGGCGGGGGCGGGGGAGCCAGGACGGUCGGAGAGUGUGCACAAAAAAAUUUGCCGGCAGCUUAGUUUUUUUUGCCGGUGCAAAAAGUCGAAUGCGAGCGAACGCUGAAAGCUUCCACUCUCCCUCCGAUUUAGAUUCCGAUUCCGAUUCCUAUUCAAAUUCACAUUCACGUUCACGCUCGCACUCAGAUUCCGAUUCCGAUUUCGAGUUCGAGUUCGAGUUCGAUUUGGACCUCCCCCCCUGGCACUACGGUACCUCAUCAGCGCCAUCACCAUCGCCAAGUCACACACGGCGUAUACAUAAUCCAAAUAAAAGGCAAACAUCAAGUA